AUGGACUAUCACGUAGACCCAGAUUCCCUAAUCGCGCGCGUUGGCGGACAGUGGGCUGGCCCCGAUCUCCAACGCGAGUUUCAAGCGGAGGUGGCAGAUCUACUGGGCCGCAGAAACAGAAACUUUCCUGGCGCCCAACCGGUAUCGUUCGCCGCGAAACACAUUGCAGAACUGAAAAGAGAGGACUACUACGUGUGUGAAAAGACGGAUGGCAUGCGCUACCUGAUGUAUCUCAGUCGAGACGGCGAUCGAGACAUCCACUACCUGAUCGACCGGAAGAACGAUUACUACUAUGUCCCUGGCCUGCACUUUCCUCACCACGAAGACCCUACCUUCAAACGCUUUCACACUGAGACCAUCCUCGAUGGCGAACUGGUCGAAGACACCUACCCAGACCGACCGCCGGAGGUCAAGUUUUUGGUCUUUGACUGCCUUGUCCUUGACGGCAACAGCAUGAUGCACAGACCUCUGGACAAGCGCCUCGCCUACUGCAAAUCGUUCGUGAUCAAGCCUUAUCAGGCAAUGGUAAAGCAGGAUCCAUCAAUUCACCAACCUUUCGUCAUCGAAGACAAAUCUACCGAGUUCAGCUAUGCUUUGGAAAAGAUGUUCAAAGACAUCAUCCCCCGGGUCAAGAAGCUACAUGGAAACGACGGCCUGAUCUUCACGUGUAAAAACACACCGUACAAGUUUGGUACGGACGAGCACAUUCUUAAGUGGAAACCUCCGGAGGAAAAUACGGUUGACUUUCUGAUGCACAUCGAGUGGGCCACCUGUGAACCUGACCCCGAAGACCCCGAUCAAUCUCCCCAAAACGACUACGACGCCUUCCCAGCACGGUUCGGUCUAUACAUCUUCCACGGUAAUGGAGGAGACUACGCGCAUGUCGGCGACUUGUACGUGCUGCAGUCCGAGUGGGAUGAAUGGAAACGACGCCGGAAACCUUUGCAGGAUAGUAUCGUCGAGUGCUACCAAGAAGAUCUUACGAAAGACAUGCCGGGCAGCGACUCAUCGGAUGGGAUGAACGGCACGAAGGCACAUGCAAACGGCUCGGGCCAGACGAAGCAGUGGCGGUUCCAUAGAUUUCGUGAUGACAAAGUAGAGGCCAACCACGUCAGCACUUUCCAAAGCGUCAUCGAGUCUAUUGAGGACCACAUCACGGAAGAAGAUCUGCUCGCGAAUGCCUAUGAUAUUCGCACGGCGUGGAAAUUGCGGAAUGCCGAGCAGGAAAAGAGACAAGCACCUCCCGCUGCCAGACCAGGAGGGAAGUGA